AUGAGAAGUCGCUUGGGGAUCAAUGCCAAGCGAUCUUCGAAUCACCGAUUUGAGCAGAUUCCUGAUCUGCCUCACGACAAGAUGAAUCCCAACGACGCGACCAUCGACAUUCCUUUGACCGAGACUCAGAGCAGGAGCCAGAAUGGCGCCCGCAAAUGGGGCUCGAAUUCCAACACUAUCGCUGCGGAGGACGGUGAAAAGGUUCCCCUUCAUACUGGCCCUGGCAAACGUCGUCGCACCGAUAUCAAUGACUUGACGGGUAAACCGGCAGCCUCGCCCGAGGACGGAUCCAUUAAUCGGCUGGGCCGCAUCUACCAGGCCGUCUACAAUUUCUCUAUCGUCACUCGUUAUAUGAUCUAUGUUAUUCCCAUCGGUCUUCUGAUUGCUAUUCCCAUGAUUGUGGGCGCCACUGUUGCGCAGGACGCUUAUAUCGGUGGCGUUCACCUCUACUGGUUCUUCACCUGGAUCGAGGUUGUUUGGGUCAGUUUGUGGGUGUGCAAGGUCUUCGCCAAAUUUAUUCCCUAUUUUUUCCAAACCCUCUGCGGUUUCGUCAGUUCGGGUACUCGCAAGUAUGCUCUUAUCCUGCGCGCCCUCGAAACCCCAAUUACCAUUGUACUUUGGUGUGUUGUCUCGCUGGUGACCUUCCUUCCGAUUAUGCGAUAUGGAGUCGAUAAUAGCUCCACCGUCGGGUCCUGGGAGAAGAGCGUCAAGAACAUCCUCUUCGCGUUGCUUGUCUGCAGUUUGAUCUUCUUCGCCGAGAAGGCUCUUGUCCAGCUCAUCUCCAUCAGCUACCACCGAAAGCAGUUCGACUCCAAGAUCAAGGAGUCUAAGCGCAAUGUCUACCUCGUCGGUCUCCUCUUCGAGGCUUCGCGUAACAUGUUCCCCAUGUACUGCCCCGAGUUUGCUGAGGAGGACACCACCAUUCUUGAUCCCCUCCUGGGCCAGGUCGUUGGCAAUAGUAACAGCAAGCGCAGUUCAGUGAUGCCUCUUCGCAUGAUUAAGAAUGUCGGUCGUCAAGUCGGACAGAAUGUCGGCCGCAUUGGUGACAAGGUCACUGCCGCCUUUGGCAACGUCGCGUCCGAACUCACGGGCAAGCAGGUGUUCAACCCGGCUGCUACCCACUCCAUUGUUAUCCAGGCUCUGGAGCGGAAACGUUGUGCGGCUGCCUUGGCUCGCCGUAUUUGGAUGUCCUUCGUUAUGGAGGGCCGCGAGUCUCUGUAUUUGGAUGAUAUCAUCGAGGUUCUCGGACAUGAACAUGAGGCCGACGCUGAAGAGUGUUUUGCUUCCCUGGACAAGGACGGCAAUGGUGAUAUCUCCUUGGACGAGAUGAUCCUGACCAUCACCGAGUUUGGUCACAUGCGUAAGUCUCUGAACAGCAGUAUGCACGAUGUCGACCAGGCUAUCCGUGUUUUGGACAAUCUGCUGCUUUCUGUUGCCUUCCUUGUCGGUGUUCUUGUCUUCAUUUCUUUCGUCACAACUGGGUUCGGUACUGUUAUCGCCGCUGGCGCUACCUCGCUGCUGUCUCUGUCUUUCGUCUUCUCAACCACAUGUCAAGAGGUCCUCGGUUCUUGCAUUUUCUUGUUUGUCAAGCACCCCUUCGACAUUGGCGACCGCAUCGAAGUUUCCGACAAGGCGUACGUUGUCGAGCGUAUCUCUCUGCUGUUCAGUGUUUUCCGCACCGUUGGUGAUCACCGCAUGACCCAGGUGCCCAACAACAUCCUGAACAGUCUGUGGGUCGACAACUUUACUCGAGCCAACGCCAUGCACGAGCAGCUCUCUGUUCCGGUUGCAUUUGAUACUUCCUUCGCCGAGAUCCAGGCUCUGCGCGAGGAGAUGGAGUUGUUCGUCCGCGACAAGGAGAAUUGCCGUGACUUCCAGCAGGAUAUUGACAUUGAGGUUGUUGGUGUUGGUGACAUGGACAAGCUCGAGCUUCGUGUCGACAUCCGUCACAAGUCCAACUGGUCGAAUGAGACUGUCCGUGCUGCUCGUCGCUCCAAGUUCAUGUGUGCCUUGGUUCUCGCUGUGCGCAAGGUCCGUAUUCGGGCCCCUGGUGUCGCCGUUCCCGACGAGGAGGAGAAGAAGGACGAGGGUGGUGAUGACGACAAGGGUGACAACGCUGGUGCUGAGGCUGCUGCGGGCGACCGCAAGUCUUCUCAGACUACCGGCUUGGCUGCUCCUGCUGCCGCCGCCGCCACGGCGAACGAUUCGCUAUUCCCAAACACUGCCGCAGCGACUGGCUUUGAACAGAACCACUCUUCGGGUACCGUCUCCCACCGCGGAUCCAGCGCACUUCAGCGUGAGGCCGCCAUCGCCGAACGUCUGAAUGCCCGCUCACCUGCUGCCGACUUUGGCCGUGAAGAGCAGGCUGAAGGCCUCUACCGCACGGUCACCGGCGCCUCCAGCCAGGGCCGCCAGAGUGUCCACGGCUCCGUCCCCAACAACGCGCCAAACCGCGGCCUCUCGACCGGUCAUCGCAAGGCCGGUCUGCGCGCUUCAUACAACGACGGAGAGGUCCCGAGGCCCCCGCCCCUCUCCUCAGUGCAAGCAGGCAUGACCCCAACCACCAGCGAAGUGCCCAUCCUCAGUCACCCUGCGCCUCCAGGAUCCCGUGGUAGCGCCCGCUACGAGCCUCCCAACCAGAGCGCCACACUCCCUAUCAUCGGCUCGCCCGGGUCCGACAACUACCACUCCUACUACAACCAAGAAAACGCCUACGAGCCCACAACCCUAACUGGCGAGGCUCAGCCCUUCUCCGGCAUGAACGAGUCAUCCUCCCACUACGAGGUCCAAGAUCGUUACGACCCUGUCUCGCCCCCCUCCAUCUACUCGCCUCAACCUCCCCAGCCUGCUGCAUUCACGCCUAUCACUCAGCCGCAAGAGACCAACACAAACCCCACUCACCGGUCUUCGUUUAUCUCACGGACGCUGAAGCGCGAUAAGAACAAGCCCCAGAAUGAGGGCGAGGCGUGA